AUGAAGAAGAAAAACCCAAAGGGCUCCGAUUCGGGAUAUACUGCAGUUUUUGACUUUGCCGCGAGGCGAGAAUUCAUCACGGGGGCAUCAAAACGGAAGGAACAACGCAGGCAAGAGGCCCAGGCAAGAGCCCUGGAGAAGCAAAAGGAGGAGAGGCGAUUGCUGCGAGCACAGCGCCGAGAGAAGAUCAGAGAGCAAAUCAACUACGUAAAACGCAGCCAACAGCUUGCCGAGGCGGCAGCAGAAGCUAUUACUUUGCGCCACAAAAAACGCCAAAAAUCUGUUGGGGCUGAUUCACAAGAGAGCCGCGCCAGUGACAGCAGUCCAGCAACAAAGCGCGAAGGUCACGCUGCUGAGAAAGCGUGGAAAGCUUCGGAGGCCCAGCCGGCCAAGACAAGUGAAGUCGUGCAGGCCGUCCGUUUGCUGCCACCUCCGACGAAUGACGUUUCUUCAUCUCCCUGGCACAUCGCCUCUUGUGUGUCGCUUUCCAUUGGGGGAUUCGUAGAAGCCCCGGCAGCGGCAGCAGCAACAGGAGCGCCGGCGGCCAGAGUUCACAAGCCUCUGCAGGCUCCGUCUGAGGCUUCUGUUAGCUCAGAAGAAAAGCAGCUCCAGACAGCUCGCACAUCAGUUACGCCUCAAGAGACCGCUAAGAUAUUCACCAGCGGUUAG